GGAAGGAAAAAAGAGCGAGACUCUGCUGAGCAGCUGGAUGGUCUGGUUGUUUGAAACGCUCCAGCAGCAGAACCGUGUUCCUCUUGUGUUGCGUUGUGACAAGCAGUGCCUUCCUGCUCCUUGCAAGGUUCUAAGUUCAUCCUCUAGGGAGGCGAAUCAGAAAUGGACGACUGCAUGGAGACCCUGAAAGAUGAAGAAGAUGCCCUAUGGGAGAAUGUGGAGUGCAAUCGUCACAUGUUGACCCGGUACAUCAACCCAGCCAAGCUGACCCCUUACUUGCGCCAGUGCAAAGUCAUUGAUGAGCAAGACGAGGAUGAGGUGCUCAACUCACCAAUGCUGCUCUCCAAGAUUAACCGAGCAGGUCGACUGCUGGACAUCCUUCACACAAAAGGACAGAGGGGUUAUGUGGUUUUCUUAGAAAGCCUUGAAUUUUACUACCCAGAACUCUACAAACUGGUGACAGGGAAGGAACCAACACGGCGAUUUUCCACAAUUGUUGUAGAAGAGGGUCACGAAGGCCUCACGCAUUUCCUGAUGAAUGAAAUCAUCAAGCUGCAGCAACAGGCCAAGACCAAGGAUGCGCAGCGCUGUGAGCUCUUGGCCAAAUCCCGCCAGUUUGAAGACGAGAGGAGGCAACUGAAGCUCAACCUGAAAGAGUUGCUGACCUUCCAGGAGAGGUACAACAAGAUGAAAGAGGAGCGGAACAACUACAAUGACGAACUCGUCAAGGUCAAAGACGAGAAUUACAACCUGGCGAUGAGGUAUGCCCAGCUGAGCGAAGAGAAGAACAUGGCAGUCAUGAGAAGCCGAGACCUCCAGCUAGAGAUUGACCAGCUGAAGCACUGGCUGAAUAAGGUGGAAGAGGAAUGUAAGCUAGAGAGAAACCAGUCCCUGAAGCUGAAGAACGACAUUGAAAACCGACCAAAGAAGGAACAAGUUCUGGAACUGGAGCGAGAAAAUGAGAUGCUAAAGACCAAGAUCCAGGAGUUGCAGUCUAUCAUUCAGGCUGGGAAACCUAGCUUGCCGGAUUCAGACAAAGCCAUUUUGGAUAUCCUAGAACAUGAUCGCAGAGAAGCUCUGGAGGAUCGACAGGAGUUGGUCAACAAGAUCUUUAAUCUUCAGGAAGAGAUCCGCCAUGCAGAGGACCUCCGUGAUAAGUACCUUGAAGAGAAACAAGAACUGGAGUUAAAAUGCUCAACUCUUGGGAAAGACUGUGAAAUGUACAAGCACCGCAUGAACACAGUGAUGAUUCAGCUGGAGGAAGUGGAGAAGGAGAGAGACCAGGCAUUCCAUUCGCGGGAUGAGGCACAAGCGCAAUAUUCCCAGUGCUUGAUCGAGAAGGAUAAGUACCGGAAGCAGAUCCGGGAGCUUGAGGAAAAGAACGAUGAGCUCCGGAUUGAGGUGGUCCGGAAGGAGGCCUGCAUCUUUAAUCUGGAGUGUAAACUGAGACGUCUCUCCAAGGACAACUGCUAUGAUCAGAGUUUGCCGAGGAAUCUUCCCCUCACAGUGAUUUCUCAGGUUCUAGAAACCCCCAGCCCCAAAAUCAAUGGCCAGGAGGCAGACGAUUCCUCGACCUCUGAGGAGUCUCCAGAAGACUGCAAAUUCUUCAUUCCCAAUCAACCGCGAAUCAGAAGGAUGAACCUGAAGGGAAUCCACCUGCCAAGAAUGAAAUCCCCCGUCAGUAUGAGCAAGGCAUCGGAUUUUCAAGCAGUCCGAGGACACGACGAAGACAAGGGCGAUGGCAGCAGCAGCCGCCACCCAGACACCAAUUCCUCUAAUCCCGUUUCCAUCAGCAACUCUGUGGGCAGCUGCGAAGUUGGCAAAAUUCAAACCCUACGGAAUCGCAACCCCAGUGUGAUGUCCACAACCCCCGAGCCUCCAGGGAAUGACUCCAUCCUCCGGCGUUGCAAAGAAGAUGCUUCACAUAGCCUGACUGAAGAAGAGAAUGACAGUUUUGGCUGCGAUGCCUUGGAGUUAGAAGAUGACUUUCAUGACAGGUAUUCACACGGACCAUCCUCAUUGCCCUCCUCCUCGUCUUCCCACCAGUCUGAGGGGCUAGAUCUUGAGCAAGUCAACUCCAUCUUCAGGAAAUUUUCUCUGGAGAGGCCAUUCCGUCCCUCAGUAACAUCUGUUGGACGCCUCCACAACACGUUCCACGCUGUCCAGCACUUCAUGUUGAACGGAGACAGCCUGAGCUCGGAGAUUACUCUGCUGGGGGGAAAUCUCAAUGGCAACUUUGUCAACUCUGUCAAACUGAACUCCCCAGCGGAGAAAGCCGGCCUCCGGGAAGGGCACCAGCUGCUUCUGGUGGAAGGCUGCAUCAAAGGGGAAAAUAUGAGUGUUCCCUUGGAUACCUGCACAAAGGAAGAAGUUCAUUGGACUAUUCAGAGGUGUAGUGGACCAAUUAUGCUGAGCUGCAAAUCGAACCACGAAGGCUAUAGGAAGCUGGUGUCCGAAAUCGAAGAAGGGUUGGUCAUAUCCGGAGACUCCUUCUACAUCCGCCUGAAUCUGAGCAUCACCAGCCAGUUGGACUGCUGCUCCCUGUCAGUGAAUUGUGACGAGAUACUGCAUGUUCUUGACACCAUGUACCAGGGGAAAUGUGAGUGGUUUUGUGCCAGAGUUGACCCCUUCACCGACAAGGAUUUAGAAACUGGAACCGUCCCCAAUUACAGCAGAGCCCAGCAGCUUCUGUUAGUGAAACUGCAGCGUCUGAUGAAUAAAGGCAGCAGGGAUGAGAUGGACAGUCCGUACAGUACACUCCGAACCCCCCGUAAUACACUGCAGCCAGAUGAGCUGACACCACCAAGUGACCCCAAAACCAGCCCUCGCCUCUCUCGAGCCAGCUUCCUUUUGGGCCAGCUCUUACAGUUUGUUAGCAGGUCUGAGAACAAAUACAAGCGCAUGAACAGCAACGAACGAGUCCGCAUCGUCACGUCGAAAGACGCCCGUGUCAGAACGGAGGGGCAUCCGGUGACAAAAGCGCUGCUUGACAGGUUUGAAGAGUUUGACUCAGUGAGUGAGAUCAAUAAGGGCUUCAGCCUGAUUCCAUAUAGCUCAGUGAGACCCACCCACUGUGACCGUCGUCGCCCCGUCCUCUUCAGCCCCACAGUGCUCUCCAAGGCCUUCAUUCAGAAGCUUCUCAACUCUGGAGGGGCCCUGGAAUUCAACUUAUGCAAGCCAGAUAUAAUAACAAAAGAAGAAUUCUGGAGAAGACAAAAGACAGAAACAAUCAUAUAUUCCCGAGAAAGGAAUCCGCACACCUAUGAAUGCAUUUUUCCUGCCAAUAUUGAUGCAGUUGCUGCCAAGAACAAACAUUGCCUGCUUGAAGCUGGAAUCGGCUGCACAAAGGAUUUAAUCAAAGCCAAGAUAUACCCCAUUGUUCUCUUUAUUAAAGUCUCAGAAAAAAAUAUCAAGAAGUUCAGGAAGUUGCUCCCAAAGCCAGAGGUAGAGGAUGAAGUAUUACGGAUGUGCCGUCAGAAUGAAAAAGAACUGGAAGGCUUGCCUUGCCUAUAUGCCUCCUUGGAAGCAGAUACCUGGAACAGCAUUGAGGACCUCCUCCGGAGCAUCAAGGAAAAGGUUUGGGAAGAACAGCAGAAGACCAUCUGGAUUGAUGAGGAUCAGUUGUGAAGCAUAACAGGGAACAACAGAGAACCUGCUGGUCACUUCAGAAAGCAGUGCUGGAGGCUCUGAGAUGCCUCUGAUGUAGAGCCCACCACCCAUGUUCCAUCUUUACCAACUGCUGGGGACUGAGCAUGAGACAGGAAUCAAAGGCUGUGAGUGCUUGGCAAUCAGCACCCCAGAUGCUACAUUAGAAUUUUGACCAGGAUUCUGCCGCUAGAGGGGUUGGCCAUUGUGCCACAGAUAUGCAUCUCUUCUGGAGCAGCACUGAAGGAUGGAGAUCUCGAAGAUAAGUUUGUACUAUAAACCUAUCUCUGCAGUUCUCAAACUGGGAAAUGGAGGCUCACACUAAGGGGGUUUUCACAGUUGCUAAGAAGGACUGGUGACUCCCACCAACAAAGUCUCUUUGGAGAGGUUGGUUCAACUUGAUGGGAGAGGGGGCCCAUCCUCAGGCCACAAAAGAAUGCAUUCCAUGGGAGAGGAUUCCAGGCUUGAUAGCAAAGCGACUCUUAUAUUUCACUACAAAAUAUAUAUCAAUUUUGUGCCAGUUUGUCAUGACUUUCACCAAGGAACCUUGGGAAUUAUCAUGUAGGAAACGGCUUAGAAUUCUCUGUUUGAGAUCCCUAACCACUUUUCCCUUUCUUUACAUGGCUUUACGAUUUCCAGAGUUUGCCCAGGACUGAGAAUGGCCAUUAUAUACAACUGUGCUGAAUACUCUUCAGUUUCAAUUUUCAGAUAGAACGUAGUAAUCUUAGAAAGAUAGAAAUGUUUCCUGAAAAAGAUUUCAAUUAUACAGCUAUUCACCUUUUUUCAACCCUGUUCAGAUCCAUAGUUUCCUGUAACAACUGAUGCUGCUUUGGCACCAUCCCCCAUGCCAAAUACUGCCGCAUCCUCCCAAUAAGGGACCACCCAAUAAGGGAUCAUGGAAUCAAGAGGAGGUGUUACACCUCUGUGCUCCCACACAAUCAGGGAUCACAUAAUGCAGGAUGAUGACCUGACAUCUCUACAUGGCCAAUCAAAUAUGACUAUGGGAUGACACCGCUGAGGUCCAUGGAGAGUAGGGCAAUGCAAAUGAAUAGAUGAAUUUUUUCUCAAGGAGUGCUGGAAACUUGCUGCCAAGGGGAGGCGUUUCUCAGCAGUGCUCCUGUUAAACCAGCUUAAGUCCAUAGUGUAGAUGUGCCAUUAGCCUUAGAAAUGUUGGUUGUCUGUAGUGUCAAAAGAACAGUCCACCAGGCCCUCCUGCCAUGAGCUUCUACGCCUCAAUGGGGCUUACAUGGGUCUAAAAUAAAUUGAGGUUGCACAGCUGUGCCUGGCAGAUUGUGUCCUAUGCCUGCAGCAGACGAGGACUGUUUAAAUCCAGCCCUUUGAAGAAUACAGAUUGCCGGGGGCUUUGUGGCUGGCAGCUAGAACAAUUCCCCCACUUGAAAAUCUUAAAUUAAGCAGUGAGUUUUUCCACAUACCCAUAGCAAACUGCCUUGUCACUUGACAUAUUUUGUUCUAUAAAAACAUUUAUGAGCACAUAAAAAUAACAGUCUCUCUCUCUCUCUCUCUAAUAAAUUGCACCAUUGGAAA